AUGCCAAAUGGUAUUGUCUUGGAAGAGACAAUAUCUAUGGACGAAGCACACGAUCUAUUGCCUGACCCUGCGCUUUAUGAUAUGGAUAAAGCGGCAGGUUCUGGUGUUAAUCUUGAACAGGUAAACAAUGUUUCUGUUAAUAAUGCACAGCGUAAUCGCUCGCAUUUUAAUCUAGACCACGAUGUCAAUACUACCGCUUCUCUUGGUACUAUUCAGCCACUUGGAUUUAUGGAUAUGUUUCCCCACGACAAAUUAAGUUUUAAGCCUUCUACGCUUGUAAGAGCUGGUGCUAUGGUUGUUCCUGCGUGGGCAAAAUUUAAAUGGCAGUUAAGUUCCGCUUUCGUCCCUAUUAAGUCUGUUUUCCCUAAUUAUGAUUAUUUUCUUACUGGCACCUACAAGCGCAGUUCUCAAGGAAAAUUGAGUAUUGGCACUCUUCCUUGGAUUACUACAGCGCAGCUAACCGCUCUCUGUUGUGCUGGUGCAAAAAUGUCAAUUUGGUUUAAUGGUUAUCCUACUGAUCAUGAUAAGUAUUGGGUUAAGGCCACUCGCGAUUCCAAUGAAUCUAUUAAAAACAUUAUUUCUGCGGUUCAUCAGCCUGCUAAUCUAGGUGUUGUGACUGACGGUGGAAAUUAUGGUUUGUUGCCUAAUUAUAGAGGUAUGGUUUUUAAUGCUACUUUUCUUUGGCAAAAUAACCUUGGUUGGGAAAAUCGUUCUGGUUCCCGUCCCCUUUGGCUCCCGUUGGGGAAUCCUGUAACGGGUUCUUUUGACAGUGAAACUCGUUUUGAUGAUGUUUUUUAUAAUAAUGAGGAUAUUACACCCGAUAACGCCGAUUUUGUUAUUGAAACUACCCCUUUGACGGGCGGUGUCUACGCUCGUAAUUUUGCUCUUUGUUUUAAACUUUCCGAUAAAGGUAAGUUAUUUGCAAAAAUGUUGCGUGGUCUUGGUUAUUCUUUGGAUUUUCGUGCUGAUACAGCCGAUGACCGUGUUUCGCUUCUUCCCCUUCUUGCUUGGUAUCGUGCGUAUUUCAAGUUCAAUGGCAUUGAGCGUUUGCGAAAUUGGGAAUCCACUUAUUGUCAUCAGCUCAUUCAUCUUUUGGAAGAGUUUGGAGAUAGCCGUUGUAGUUUUGAUGUUUCUUCUACGCAUUGGUACGCCCCUAUUUCUGGCACUUCCUCCACUUUUGCUAUGUUUGUGAUGGAUGAACUUUACGACUCUUUCUAUCCUACGGAAAAUUACAAUUUCAUUUCCGCCCACCGUGCGGAUAUUGCUAAUAAGGGUUCUACUAGUUCUUAUGAUGUUGGUGUCUAUAAUAAUGAACGUUUUUAUGAUUAUGUAGAUAUGGUUAAUAACGCUAUUAAUUCUAUUAGUAGUGAAAUUAAAGAUACUGGCGUUAAUUCUUCUGCUGACGGUAUUAAUACAUCUGUUGAUAAUGGUUUGAGCUUGGUAAAUACUGUUUUUACCGAAGCUACUGCCGCUGGUAUUAAGGCUGUUUGCAAUGGCAAUAAUGGUAUUACCGCUACUGAAAUUGAAGCCCUUAAGCGUCUUCAGCGUAUGACUUCUAAACAUGAUGUUCUUGGACAAAAUGUUCGUAGCCUUCUUAAGGCUUUUGGUGUUGAUGACUAUAAUGAUGAAGAGCCAGUUGAAAUUCUUGGCUUCCGCUCUUUUGACUUGAACAUUAGUGAAGUUACCUCCCUUGCUGAUACUUUUAAUAAUGAUGUUGGUGAUGGUGGUCGCUAUCUUGGCGAACAGGCUGGAAAGUCUGUUACUAUGGGAAGUGAUGAAUAUAGCAAACCCAUCGUUUGUUCUACCGAUGAACGUGGAUUCUUUAUUGUUAUGGGUGGUGUGAUGCCUGUAAGUGGUUACGUGAAUAUGGCAGAUCAUCGUAAUUAUAUGGUAACUCGCCCGCAGCAGUAUGAUAAGGAGUUGGAGGGUCUUGGGUAUGACGCAAGUCGUAUUGAACGUUUGUUUGGCGAUUUGCGUGUUUCCUUUAAGGAUUCUACUAUAAAGAAACAUAAUUUUGGUUUUGUUCCUCAUUGGAGUUCAAUUAAGGUUAAGUCAAAUAUUAAUAAUGGCGAUUUUAAUCGCCCUUCUAAAAUUAAUGCUUUGCUUCCCUACACUAGUGACAGAGUUAUUAGAGUUCUUCAGCCUAAUGGCACUACUUAUGUUGCGCCUACAGCGCAAUUUGGUAAGUCUUUUAUUAGCACGAUGUCGCACGAUAAUACUUUGCCUACAAAAUUGCCUAUUGCUGGUAAAGAAUGGACUUACGCUUAUAAGUAUGGCUUUAUGGGUCAGCUGAACCGUAUGUUUGUUAAUUAUGAUAAGCAGUUGGACGGUUUGCCCGGUGGUCUUUAUUAUCCCGAUGGUAGGGCUGUUAGUGAAUGGUCUUACGAACAGGAAGACAACUUUGUUGUGCAUAAUCGUAUUAUUAUGUCAUUGGAAAGUGAAAUGUUACCGAUAGCUGAUACUUAUAUGACGCAGGAUGAUUCUGCUAAGGCAAAUGAGACCGUAUCUUUGUCUUAA